CCCUGCCACUGGUGAAACUGAGCCUUGCCUGGAGCACCUUUAACAAGGGAUGUUUGAAAACUCUUCACAAAAGAAGCCAAUUGCCUUUAGUAUGGGCUCCUUCCACUUCCUCAUUUACAUAUGAAGUGCUCAACCCGUAAGUCAUUGUCCCAGUGGUCAAAUGCAGAUAUCAGAGAAAGAACGAAGAUGGUCUUCUCAGCAUCCUGGUGAUGAAGCAUGAUCAAGUCAGACCAGAUGCUACUAGGCACACUCGCUUCUCCAAAGAACCUAAUGUUCUCAUGCGGUGUAAAACUAAGAGGCUUUCAGUUUGCCUCUGUUCCCUGAGGCAUGGGGUGGGGCCAGUUAAGGCGAGACAAACAGGGAGAGAGACACCACAGCAGCCCCCCUAGCUGCAGUCCAAAAGUGGAGUAGAACUUCACAGAGCCAAAGUGAGGCAGCCAUGGCAGCUGGGGGUGCCCUCAAGGAUCUCUGUGAUGAAGCUACUUGUCCCAUCUGCCUGGAGUAUUUCACAGACCCAGUGACCAUUGUGGAGUGUGGGCACAAUUUCUGCCGAGCCUGCCUGACCCAGUGCUGGAGAGAGGCAGAGGCUUCCUGCCCUCAGUGCAGAGGAACCGUUCAGCAAAGGAACUUCAUCCCAAAUCGGCAACUGGCCAACUUUGUAGAGAUAGCCAAGAAAUUAAUUCUUCAGGGAGGAAAAAGGACAGGAGGAGAGGAGAGAGUCUGUGAGAAACACUGGGAGCCCUUGAAACUCUUCUGUAAAGACCACGAAAAAGCCGUCUGUAUGGGGUGUGAGAGAUCCAAGGAACAUAAAAAUCACAAGGUGAUUCCACUGGAGGCGGCUUUCCAAGAGUACAAGAAUCAGAUCUGCAACCGCCUAAAGAUUCUGAGGAAGGAGAGAGAGAAAAUCCAGACAUAUAAAGCAGAUGCAGAAAAGGAAAGCCAGGACCUGCUUGAACGGACAAAAGCAGAGAGGCAGAGGACAAGAGCUGAGUUCAGGCAACUGCACCAGUUUCUGGAAGAGCAAGAGCAACGUCUGCUGGCCCAGAUGGAAGAAGCGGAGAAGGAGAUUGCAGCAAGAAGGGACGAGCACCUGGCCAGACUCUCCGGGGAGCUCUCCUCUCUUGAAAGGCUCAUCCAAGAGAUGGAGAAGAAAUAUCAGCAGCCAGUGAGUGAACUCCUGCAGGAUAUUAGAAGCACCUGGGAGAGAUGUAAAGCAGCAGAGAUGUUUGAGAAUCCAGUGGCUUUUCCUCUUGAGCUGAAGUGGAGGAUCUGGGACUUCUGUGAUUUAAAUCCCUUUCUGGAGGGUGCCAUGAAGCAAUUCAAAGACACUCUGGUAUCUGGACUUCAGCUGCAGAAAGCAAACGUCACUCUGGAUCCGGACACCGCUUUUCCUGAACUCAUCCUGUCUGGGGAUCGCAAAAGCGUGAGAUGGGACUUUGGAGCUCAAGAUCUGCCUGACAACCCUGAGAGAUUCACCUUUUGUCCGUGUGUGCUGGGGCACGAGGGGUUCACAGCCGGCAGACACUGCUGGGAAGUCAGGGUGGGAAGUGUGGGAUAUUGUGGCCUGGGGGUCGCCCGGAAGUCUGUGAGGAGAAAGGGCAGUAUUGACUUUGAUCGCAAAGGAGGGGUCUGGGCUACCUGGAGGUGGAAUCCUGAAUACGGGGACUUGAGCCCCCCUGAACGUCUGUGUCUGAGUGGGGAGCUGAAGGUCCGAGUGUCUUUGAACUGCGCUGGGCAGCAGCUGACAUUUUUUAAUGCCGACACAGCAGCCCUGCUCUGCAGGUUCUCAGGAGCCUCCUUCUCUGGAGAAACCCUCUGCCCCUUCUUUUAUCUGACCGGAAAUGCCCGCUUCAGAAUCUCUCCUUGAGGCACCUGCCACAUGACCUUCCUGACUGGCCCACCUGAUUUCACUCUCUAGUCCAGGAUGAUUGGUAUGAAAUCAAAUCUAUGCAAAGAGCCCCUUUGUAAACUCUUGCAAAGGCCUCAACAGACUUCCUGUCACUUUGACCAAAUGAACUAGAAUGGAAUCUGAUUACCCCACUUUGACCAGAGUUCCUCCUUCUCUUAAAGGGGAACCCUCUCAUCGCCAUACCAGACCAGUAAGGGUUGGAGAAAUUCACCCUCCUCAAAAUGCAAACCAGGGUGCAUUCAAAUGCAUUUGUAACUAUCAUUUAGACAUAUGAGGCGAAUGUUCUGAGUAGUUAGAUCUUCUCUUAAAGAGGGGGAGGGAGAUAUGUUGGAGGUUUAAGGGUUAAGGGAUAGGAGGGGAGGGGAGAGACAUUACUCACCUUUUGUGAGUUUGAUGUUGAUAACACAACUAUUAUUGUUGGCGCAGAAUGCUAUGAUCAGAGUGCUGGCAGGGACCCAUUUUUUAGAGAAUGUUAUUCUGAUAUGGUUUGAUUUGGAUUGUAAGCACCUUGGGGCAAGGACCUGGUGUCAUUUUUGUAUAUUGCAUGUUAGUGCUGGGUGUUUGACUGAAAUAAGAUAGCAAUAUAUAUAUACAUUUUAAUAAACAAACAAAAGGUAACUGCCAUGAAUUUCAUCUGC